GCAGUCGGUUUUUUUAAACAUUAGUUGUAACUUGGUACACAAACAGUUCACAAGCAAAAUUUUUCCAAAAGUCUUAUUUUUAUGCUCUUCUUAAAAAUUAGUUGUGACAAAAAUUUGGUUUAAAAAAAAAAACUUUAUAAAGAGUUUGUAAAAAUUUUCUACGAUGAGUUCAAAUAAUGUAAAUGAGUGCAAGAGCCUGUGGAAUGGCAUAAUUUCCAUUUCUGCAAAAGAUGAAAGUCCUAAAGGUCUCACUGAAAUGUGUAAUCAUCCAAUAAGGAGAGCACCUCAAAAAUGUAAGCCAAUGAAGUCCUGUGCAAAGCCGCGCCGAAAGGCAGCCUGUGCCAAGGCGACUCGGCCCAAGGUCAAGUGUGCACCGAGGCAGAAGUGCAGCAAGCAGGGACCUGUCACUAACAACGCCUAUUUGAAUUUUGUGCGUUCCUUCCGAAAGAAGCACUGUAACUUGAAACCGCGGGAAUUAAUUGCAAAGGCCGCUAAAGCGUGGGCCAGGCUCUCGGAGAAUAGAAAGGAUCGAUACCGCCGGAUGGCAUGCAAGGUCACCACCAGUGAACGCCACAAGCGCCGACGGAUUUGCCAGCAAUACUGAGAUAGGAAAAAGUCUGAUGCAGUUAAGUCCAGGCAUAUCCUUUCCUAACAUUCGAUGAAUUUAGAAAUAAAAACCAAUU